AUGCCAGGAAAAGGUUACUUUAUUCUGUAUCUGUGGUGUUUGGUGAAUUUCAUCGUUAGUAGUGGAGGUUUCAAGGCUCAGAGGUGCCCGGCGCCAUGUCACUGUGAUUUUACGUCCUUGUCACAGGAGAUAGUCAACUGCUCUUACAGCCGACUCCGUGCCCUUCCUCUGGAGAUACCUAUACCACUUAAUACAACUGUACUGGAUCUACGUUACACCGGUCUGUCUGAGAUACCACCACACGCAUUUAGCCAACUGGAGGGUCUGAAAGCACUGUAUGUCGGAGGGAACAACAUAAAACACUUUCACGAGGAUAGUUUUGCAGGUUUAUGGAAUUUGGAACUCUUAGAUUUGUCUCCACUGCAUCCGGACAUGCACUUCGAUUAUGAAGCAUUCCCCACGAACUUGUUUCGUGAUUUAAUCUCGUUAAAAAUUCUGAUGUUCGGAAGAAUGAGCAGCAGUGCACAGAUUCAACAAGGCUAUUUAGACCAAACCUUAGCUCCUUUACAUAAAUUGCAACAGGUGACCUUUCCAAGUCUAACAGAUGGAGAUACACCAUUUGGUCGCGGAUACAACAAUCUUACUUCACUGAAAACAGUCGGGUUUCAUGGAGUUGGAUCUGUAACAAACAUAAGAAAGCACACUUUUGCCAUGUUGAAAAACUGUCCUAUCGAACGAUUAGCUUUCAUUAGCUGUGGACUGGACACCGUAGAAUAUGGCACAUUGUCUUCAUUUCCACAUCUGAAAGUAUUGGACAUAGAAUAUGCCAACUUUAUGUCAGUCACAGAGGCCGAGAAGUUCAUAUGUGACCUGAACAAUACGUCAAUUGAAGUUCUUCACAUGUACCACAUAUUCGGAUGGCGAAAUUGGAAACCAAAUGUUCCACAGUGGAUUGUGUCUGCUAAUACUUUUCAGUGUUUGAAACACACAUCACUUAAGACAUUGGAAUUAAUACGCAAUAGAAUAGAAGCGAUUGACCUUCAAAAUUUUAAGUUUCUGCCUCAUUUAGAAUAUGUAGAUUUGUCUGGCAACAACCUUUUAUUUGGUUUGGAAAAUGGAAUACAGGAAAUUGGUUUCGAUAAAAUAUUUCGUGAUCUAAUGAUAAAUACAAACCUAACACUUUUUAGAGUGGACAACAAUAUUUAUCGCACGAGUUUGGUGACACCUCAAGAUAUUCCAUCAAAAUCUUUUUGGUAUGGCCGUCCAAAGCUUCCUUUAGAACCAGCUAAAUACUCGUAUGUAAGCCCAACCCCCCAAACAAAUCGAAGUGCUCCACAUAAUUUUCGGUUAGAGCUCCCAAUUUUGAAAAUAAACCUGCCUGAAAAUUUAGAAUAUGUGUCUAUAAGCUGGUGGGCCACAGACAGGAAUGAUUAUUUACCAUGUGAUACUUUUAAGGGGUCCGUUUAUUUCUUUCCAAACAAGCUCAGAUAUCUCAGAAUAGAGGACGUGAAUUUAAAAACUUUUUGUGCCUUACUUUAUGGCUUAGAUCGGCUAGAGUUUCUGGAUUUAUCUUAUAAUGGUGUUAACUUCCUUCCAAAACCAUUUUUUGAAAAUUUCAUCUCACUGAUUUACUUGUAUCUGAAAGAAAACAAUUUAGGUCCUUUGAUUGCUGAAGGUGGUCUACAUCCCAUACAACUCCCACACUUAGAAAUCCUCGAUUUAUCAGUAAACAAAAUCAGCACAAUACCAAAAGACUUUUUUGGCUAUCUUGUAUCCUUAAAACAGCUGGACCUCAGAGACAAUCGAAUAUCAACAUUAUCUUUUACCAUGACAAACUUACUUUCCAUAGAAUACAUAGAUAUAAGCACUAAUCAACUAACCGCCUUGGCAAUAUCGCAGUUAGACUACAUUAUGAAGAUGAAUGCCAGUAGUUUGGAUGUAACUUUGAACAUGAGCAACAAUCCCAUGGACUGCAACGUUUGCGACGGGAUAGGAUUCCUCCAUUUGAUUAUCCAUUCUAACAUGACGACAAUAUUCUCCAACGACUCCACUUGCUACAUGAAUGGAUCUAAAACAAGCUUAGAGAGCAGCCUGAGUAGACUUGAGAGGGAAUGCGACAGUUCUCCACAUACGAUCAUUUCAUCAAACCUGUGGCUUUCCUUGGGAGCAUCUCUCGGUGUCAUAUCUGCUGCGGUCUGUGGUCUUAUAGUAGCUUACAUUUACCGUUGGCAUAUCAAAUACCACUUCUUCCUUCUUCGCCGCCAUUUUCGAAAGAGAGGUGUCAUUACUGCAACACCUGGUCACGUGUACGCCUCCUAUGACGACAACGAUUAUUACUAUGUAACGCACAAGCUGUUGCGUCAUCUAGAAGACGAGGAUCAACUUGAUGUUAUCAUAGAUCAAAGAAAUUUCAUUGGUGGCGCUUCCCUUUCCGAGGCCAUCGUAGAGGCCGUGGAAAACAGCAGAAAAACAGUGCUUGUUCUGUCUGAGAGCUACGUGCUCAAUCCUUGGUGUGAGUUUGAGUUUCAGAUGUCUCUUGCUCGUGGUUAUCAAUCAGUAAUCCCGGUUAUGUUUCAACCUGUGCCAUUUGAUGCUAUGACGAAAUCGCUGCGAAAGUACAUUAGAGCUAGAGGGUAUAUAAAGUGGACUGAGGACCCCGAUGGACAACGUUUGUUCUGGAAACGCCUCUCCAACGCCAUCUUUGAUGAGAAUAAUAUACUUGUGCAACCCGAGAAAGAUGACACGACUGAACUCAUGUAGCUGAUUGGAUUUGAUUUUAAACUGUUGAGGGUAUAUAAAGUGGACUGAGAACCCAGACGGACACUGUCUGUUCUGGAAUCGUCUUUCCGACGCAAUUUUUGAUGUGAAUAAACCACUUGAGCAAGCUGAUGAAGACGAGAUGACUGAAAUUAUGUGGCUGAGGUUUUUGGUUUUUGAACUGUUUUGUAACAUGCACUUAUGGCUUACGUAUUGUAGAUCAGAUCGAAAAAACUGUGUGGAUAUUUGUAACAAUUGUGUGACAAUAUAAAUUAUUUUGAGUAAAUAAAUUUUGAUAUGUAGAUGCCAUAAAUAGAUGCAUAUUUUGUAACGUCACUUUCUUUUCGCCUUUGCCGACUCUUGUAUCCAGUGUUCUGUAUUAAUACAGUAUUCUUUAUUAGUAAAAUAUGCACCUCGAUUAACUUAAAGCGGCUCAGCAAUGGGAGAGAGAGGUUUGAUAUAAACAUUUCUCACUUUAAUUUUUUUAUCUUUUACGAAAGAAAUUAUUAUGUUUAAGACACUUCUUCAACAAAGAUUUUUUUAAAAAUAAAUAUGCUCGUAUACAUAUACAUUCUAGGCUUGGAGCAAAAGAAGAAAAAAGCCGCGAAAUCUGCAUAGCAUAUUUCUGCCCUUGAAACUUUGUCAUGUAUGCAUUGGUGAACGAGGUUGUUCGAAAAAUGUUAAAGAUGUCAGGACAAAUUGGGAAUUGAUUUUUUUUUUGGGGUAGGGGCUCCCUGGUACCUCAUGUCACUGUCGUUCUCUGCAUCCAGAUGGGAGAGGAGAGAAGGAAGUAUUAUAAACAAUCCGUGCAUCGUCU